AUGACCACGAAGGUGGCCAAGAGGCAUGUUGCCAUAGCAAUCACUGCAGCCCUUUUCUUCUCCCUGCCAGCUUUGGUAAUAUAUGGAAAACGAACAGUGAAAACAAAACACAUAGGACUGUGUGGACACGAGUGUACAACAAGUGAAAACAUGAAAGAUUUUCAGGAUGAAGAAAUGCCACAUGCAACAAAUCCAAAGCACAAAUUAAUCAGGGGAAAAUGCAUAACCGUCAUUGCUUUUACAGUGACAUUUGCCUUCAUACUGAGUUACCUCCCUUAUGUUGUAAUCAUGACGGUGCGCAGUGUUCAAACUUUGACAUUUCAUUCUGAUGGAGUCUGGUUUGUGACGUACAAUAUUCUAAUUCGGUCGUACUUCAUCAGUUCAAUGAUAAACCCAUUAGUGUUUGGAUUCAUGAGUCUGAGGUUUAGACAGGAAUGUUUUAAUGUGGGUUUUUCAAAAUGCAGUUGGGAAAGACGACAAUAAAUAUAUUCCAGAACAUAUUUGCAUUUCGUAAUCCAGUGUUGUUGAUGAAAGUUAUGAGUU